GUUCCCCUCAACAACCUACCCCUUCACGCUUUCCGCAAUGGACUCUGCAAUUCCUCAGUCAUAAUGACCUCUUCAUUAUUCGAGGGUAAACGCUGAAAUCCUUUCGAAUUAUUGAAGUUAUCUACCCCCCAGCAAAUUUGAUCCAUGCCAUGCCCCCAACGUUCAGUUUUCGCCCCGCGCAACGAUGAUGCCCACGAGCGCGCCGAUGACAUUCAGCUCUCAACGUCAAAGAACACCAUCCGAAGAUUCCGACAUCUACAGUGCUUCCUCCCCAUCAAAUGUUUCCAUUCACAGCCUUCCCGAAGCCCGGCUCCGAGAGGAAGAGGAUCUGGGGAGAUAUAGUCCCCGAGCCGCUGUCGCUGGUCGCCUAGGGGAAUUGGCUAUACGGGCGGAUCCUCUAUCCACACCGCAAUUUACGAAUGGCCGAUUCGACCAAGCGCCAAUGGCCCAGCCCCUGCACACAUCUUGGACCAGUCCCGACUAUCAUGGGAUGGCGGCGUCGAAUCCUGCCCCAGCCAGUCAAGAUUGGACCAGUGGGCCUUCUGCGGCGACAGUCGAGCGUGAUCGUGACUUGCAUCACGAUGGACAUACCCUGAACGCAAAUCCUGCCGUACCGGACAUAUCGCCGAAGAAAUCCGCUUCCGCGAGCCCUCGCAAGAAACGAAACCCGCUGGCAGCUGCGAGACCGCGCAGUCAAAGACGAUCGCCCCCGCCCCCUCACACUCCGCCCGAAAACCCUCUCACAUGGCAUGAUUCGGAGAUCACCGGUCAUGAUCCGACCGAUCCCAGCGAUGAUGGAUACGGGAUCAACGGCCUUGGGUUCAAGCCGACGGCGUCGAUGGCUUGGAACAGGUCACAAAAAAGACAGAAACAAAUCACCGAUUGGAGGAGUCGCGAGUCCCGGGAGGCCCGAGAAAGGCGAAGGGAGAAACGAGAGGGGGUCGAACUGGACAAAAUCCGCACGAUUCAGAAGGGUGCUAUCCAGAAGAAAGUCAAGUUUGACGUCUGAAAUCUUCUCAUUAUUUUGCGGCUGGGGUGUCUCAUUUUCUUUCUUUUGCAUUAUCAUCUACUAAUGUGUUCUGUUCCUCUUGCAUUCUGACCAUGUUCGCCCGGGGAAAUAUACGAUUGAACGGAGUUGGCAUUGUGUAGAAAGCGGCGUUAUUGAUAUUGACAUGCGAGCAUGAUGACGCGAUGACGAUUGUUAUACAAGUUUAAUCAGACUGGAGUCCAUCCAAAUAGAGAUAUGUACUUUACAUGCCAUGCGACAGAUAUAAUGAGAC